GUAAAGUCUACAAAAUUUAGUCCACUCUGUUCAUAACAUAUUUUAGUUUUGGGAACAAAAAACUGUAUUGAGAACAAAUGUUUAAUCGAUGAGAACAUUUGCAGAAUAUCGGCCAAAAUCCAUUUCGAUCCAUCUUUGACGACGGUAUAUGUGUUACAUUAUAUCUGUCCCGGCGUACAGCCGAUCUAGUAGGUAAAUGUAUCCGGGUCGUUUGAAACGCCACGCUAACAUCGUAAACUAAUCGUAGGGAUUUUAAAUAAUUAUAUUUGGUAGUGUGUUAAAUAAUCACUGAUUCCCUCUUACAGAAUCGGAUUUUCUGUCCAACUAGCCAUAGAUAGUUAGCUAAGUUUUUGACGAUUUGCAACUAGCAUACUGAUGGCUAACAACGAAUGAGUUUGGGUCCUUCGCCAUGGAAAGCAUGCUGUUAUCUGUUCGCCUUAUCAAGAGAACAUGACACUCCCUGUGAUGGAAUCUUCGAACAUUAUGGCCCAUCUAGAGCAGGCGGAAUCUCACCUGGCUGAGAUAGAGCUACUCUCCAGUAUGUACCCCGGUGAAGACGAGCUGGUGAUUACUGACCAACUAGCUGUGGCUGAGCUCAGGGAGUAUGUGGAGGGAGCAACAGAUACCUAUCCUCUGUCCAGACCACACAUCCUCAUCAAACAGAAGUUGGACACUGACACUGUGAAGGGGGUGAACGUGACCAUAUCUUGCACCUACUCAUCCGACUACCCUAAUGUCUUACCUGAAAUAGCUGUACGGUGUCCUGACCUCAGCCGAUCCCAGCAGGCCCAGCUUCACUCAGACAUGAACGCCUACCUCUCAGAGAGCUGCCGUGGAGAUGUCUGCGUCCUCUCUGCCGUGGAGUGGGUGAAAGACAACGUACACCUGUACCUGACCGACAAGAGCACAUCAUCAUCAUCAACAGCAGCCCCUGGCAGGAAAGAGUCUCGGUCUACCUGCUCAUCUCCGCAGCCCAAAGAGCAGUUCAGUCGCCUGUGGAUCUACAGCCACCACAUCUAUAAUAAGAGGAAGAGGAAGAACAUUCUGGAGUGGUCCAAGGAGCUGGAUCUGUCAGGGUUCAGUAUGCCUGGCAAGCCUGGGAUCAUCUGUGUGGAAGGCCCUCAGUCGGCCUGCGAAGACUUCUGGGCCAGGGUGAAGGUUCUAACCUGGAAGAAAAUCAUUAUUCGUCACAGAGAGGAUGUUGCCGUGGAUAGUCGGAGGGCUGAGGCCAGCGUGGCAGACAACGCGGAUUCCCUCCGUAGGUUCACAGGGUUCGAGGAGGCCAUGUUUGAUCCACACGGGAACAGAGGAAACCAUAUGAACCUGGGCCAGCUCUAUCAGUACCUCAACGAGAGAGGAUGUGGAGACGUCUUUCAGCUUUACUUUGGAAUUGAAGGAAGGUAGUAUAGCUGAUAGGAUAGGUCCCAUAACUGUUGGUUGUACCCACAUGAACCAAUGGCAGGAAUCAUGUACCCAAAUGAACCAAUGGCAGGAAUCAAGUACCCAAAUGAACCAAUGGCAGGAAUCAAGUACCCACAUGAACCAAUGGCAGGACUCAAAGGAUUUGCACAUUAGAUGAUGCAUUCUCAGUAGGAGCCUAGUAUGCUUUUAUUUGUUGUUUACUGCAUACAUUACUAAACAGUACGUUCUAAAUAGUACGAUUAGCACAGUAUGUUGUUUCAGUAGUAUGUAGUAUGCAAGACAGAUUUUGGACACAGCCAUUGUCUAUGGGGGUUAUUUUUGAAUGUUAAAGAAAUCUGCUUCAUACCAAAAUAAUCUACAGGUUGAGCUCAAACUACAGAAUACAGACACAUGAUCCACAAAGUCCUUACGUACAGAACACAGUUGCUUCUCUGUAGAAUCCCUCUUACUGUUCUUAGCCUGAUGCUCACCAACAAUGUAGCACCACAGGAGUCAGGGACAACAGAAAUUGAGAGAGGUGCAGCUAAUCCACACAGAGAUGAGCCCACAGCUAAUCCACACAGAGAUGAGCCCACAGCUAAUCCACACAGAGAUGAGCCCACAGCUAAUCCACACAGAGAUGAGCCCACAGCUAAUCCACACAGAGAUGAGCCCACAGCUAAUCCACACAGAGAUGAGCCCACAGUAAAGUGAGAAUGGUGGUUGGCUGGGGGGUUUACUGAACCCCUUCUCAAAUACAGGCCUUGAAGUCUAACCCCUACUGGAGUUUAUCCUUCCUCUCUAAACACAGAUUCAGAACUGUGACACCAGGUAGGGGGGAAUCCCUAACUACCAGGGAGAAGAGACAACCACCAGUGCUGUGGAUACCAUUGCUCAGAUUUGUGUACGCCUAGUUUCCACACCUCGUCUCCACCAGCCCCUAUUUUCAGAAGUGUCAGCUCCAAAUCCUUUGUCCAGGAUCACCUGAAAAGUGGGAUGGUAGUUUGAACCAUAGUAGCAGUCAAAUGGAACACACUGAAACACAAAGUGAGAAUGGUUUUACAGAUUCGUCACAAGUCUGAUCAAACUUCUUAUUUUAUGCAUUCAAUAUAUUCUACAAGCAAAAAACAAACUCGUGUAAAAUAUAUCCAACUAUAAAUAACAAUAGGGGUGGUAAAUGACUGAGUUUUAAAAAAAACUCAAUGGUGCUCAAACUCGGAUCGGGAAUUACUGUGCUAAUGGUUUGUCCCGGGAGAUGAGUAACCUUGCCUGAGAACUGAAAACGUAUGUUAGCUUCCUGAGCCAAUGUCUUGGCUUUAGCACAGUUCAUCAUGUCAAAUACUGCACAAGUUGCACCUGUAUAAUGAUUUUGUAGAUAAACGAUGUUUGAGGAUAAAUGCAACACUUAUAAACAUGUCAAUUGAUAUGUGAAUAAAUUCAAUAGGAAAAUGAAUACAACUAAUUUACUAAAGUUGCAACUGGUGAAUCUUCUGUGAAUCAAAACUACAUUUUGCGCUCUUGAGUUUUGGCACUAAAUUCAGCGACUAACCUCUGCCAAAAGUUCUGUAGCUGCAAACAAGCAUCCGAGAAUAACACGAGGUCUGGUGGACCAACCGGGUGAGGCGUUGUCAUUCUUACACUUGCUUUCACGUUUCACUGGGUUCCGGUCUGGAAGCAUGCUUUCCAUUGUGCUAAAUAUGGAUCAAAUGUGUUAAAAUUACGAGCUAGCUAAAUGAUAUUCACAGAAUUUGAAAGCUACGACAUGGCGUUACUGAUGAAGAAUUAAAACUAGUGUUUCCACAUAGCAUAACCGCUACAAAGCUGGUGCAAGCUAUCCAGCCUCUUUUCUAUUGGCACAACAUGUCUGUUUAGCGAGUGAGCUAUCAUUAGAGCCUUCUGGCCAGCCUGCAUCUUGUGGUUCUAACUUUGUGUAACAGAGCAAUAGGUCUAGCUAUGUACUUGUCAUUUCUUACUAAACGACAGCUGUUGCAGAGAUAUUAUAGAAUGGAGGAGAUAGGAAUCUCAUUGGACAAUAAAUGGAGGAACGUGUAACGCCCCAUUCAGCAGACUGAUCAAUGGCGUUCGCGUUGUCAUGGUGCGUCACACCUUUGUUAAGAUCAGUAACGCAAUCCUUUUCAUCAAAGUCAAGGGUAUGAGUCGAGAAACCUGCCUAUUAUCCUCGAAAGUAUGUAAUGUCACGAUUUCAAAAGCUAUACGAUAUUACAGAAAACAAGUUAAUUAUCUCACAUCUAGGAAAAGAGAUAUAAUGUAGUUCUUCUUGUAAAUUCUUCUUCGGUAGGGUUUGUUGGCAGCUGGCAUCCAACAUUAUGGCGCAUUACCGCCACCUAGUGUACUGAAGUGUGGGCGACUGUUUCCAAUGGCGACGUUCUCAGUAUACUCUUUAAACUGAUUUCCUGGUUCCCCUUCAUGCUGGAUCUCAGUCUCUCUCUCUUUCCCUCUCAUACUGACCACACUGUAUCAAUACAUGCUCCACCAUCUCUGUUUGCAGGCAAUAAUCACACUUUCCUAUCACAUUUAAAGAUGUAUUCAACCGACUGUGUCCCCACCCUUAAUCUUUUAAAACAAAUAGCCUGCCCUCUUCUGUCCCUUCCUGCCAUCCUUCCUCCCUGACUUUCCUCUGUACUUGAAAUAAAUGCCUGCUCUUUGUGUCUCUA